CAAACGCCGGUUGUGCCAGACACUCAGUCUCGCCGCGUAACCCGUGCUGAUAGUGCACAAAUACCAAUUUCGUUGGACAAAAUAAUAGUGAAGUGUUGCGAGACAACAGGGGAGAUAAAUCUCCAGUGGCGUACAUUGACAUCCAAUUGACGAAUUAAGAUUUAUUUUGGGAUUAAUCGAUUCAGAUUUCCCAUUUCUGGUGGAGGCGUUAGUUCAUGUGGCGUCGGAGGGAAGAAUAAAAUUUUUUUUUACUUUGCAAAGACAGUUUUGACGAAGGGACAGGACGAGAGUGAGAGUAGAAUUGUUGGAGUGCAUUUGUUAUUGACUUGGGGACGCGAAAACCGAGAGGGAUAUCGAACAGCCCCCGGGGUUCAACCUCCCACCACUGGGUGCGCGCUCUCGCGGAUAUUUCUGUCUCCCUCGCACAUCCCUCUGUGUAUUUUUUUUCAGUCGAUGAGAGGAGACUAAGAGGGUGAGCUGGGGCGAAUUGCAUUGUUCCGGGCUGCGGGCUCGGGGGUUGAAUUGUGCGAGUUUGGGGGGAGCUUGCGACAGUGGGGACAUUUUGGGUGAUUAAUUUUUUGGAGGAAUUUUGUUUUGGGUGAGGGCGAGGGACGGAGGGGACGCACACGGCUAUUGUUGCACCUGCGGGUCUCAUCUUCGCGUCGGGCUUUUGCAAUCUUAGACCGGUUCGUUUGGUGCCAGGUGCUCAACACUCGGUUGCCACAUCUUCAGGAGAAAUAAGAGGGAGAUUUUUUUGUUUUCAAGACUUUAAGGCUUCAUAUAUGACUGGGAUGAUGCUGGACUAGGGUUGAAAGAACUGAUUGAAGUUGGUCAUUGUGGUGAAGUGAGGGGGCUGUAAGGGGUGAUAAGUGUGGAGGGAUUUUUUGGAGACUAUGAGAUAAUGAGUUGCUCGGUGAAGAUAUCCAGCAAGGGCUGGUGUGGAUCCCAGAGGAGAAUUGCUUCUCUACCGGAGGAAACUACUGGGGGGGUUCAGGGGGCUAGUGCAACGGGAGGAUUGGCCUGCCAGAAUGCUAAGAUUGGACAGCCACCGAGAUGCGUUAAGCCGAUUGCUGUGAAGAAGGGAGAGGACACUGCCAAGCUGUUGAAGUAUAUUGAUGAUAAUGUUAUUGGGAAGAAUGGAACCUUCUUCGGACCAUUCGGACGCAGGAAAGUCGUCUACUGUGAUUACACAUCGUCGGGGAGAUCCCUACAAUUUCUGGAGGAGUACAUAACGAAGGAAGUGUUGCCGUGCUUAGGAGAUACACGUGCUUCAACAUCCAUCUGCAGCCUUCAGUCGUCACUCUUCAGGCACGAGGCCAGAGACAUCGUUCGCCAUGCAGUGGGGGCAGGAGAGCAGGACGCUGUACUCUUUACGGGUCACGGUACCGAUGAUGCCCUGCGCACUCUUCUUCAUCAUCUUGACCUCCCUGGGAGGCCGAUGAUCGUGUUUGUCGGGCCAUUCGAACAUCACGCCAACUUGCGACCCUGGCGAGAGCACGACACCAAGGUGGUGAGAAUCGCCGAGACCAGGGAGGGCUUCUUGGAUUUAAAUGAUCUUGAGAAGAAACUGCAGGAGGCAAGGACUUUCGAGGGAAUUAUGGUUGGAUGUUUCAGUGCUGCUAGUUCUAUUACUGGGGUGCUUGCUGAUGAUGUUGCCACUACCCUGAUGCUGCAUCAGUAUGGAGCACUCAGUGUUUGGGAUUAUACGUCAGCUGCUCCAUUCGUCGAAAUGGACAUGAAUCCACACUUACCAGGUGUGGGCGAGACUGCUGUUCACAAGGACGCAAUAAUAUUCAGUGGCCACAAGUUCAUGGGUGGUGCACAGUCACCUGGUGUCCUUGUUAUCAAACGAUCGCAUCUUUCAAAGGACAUUGCAACUGAGGACAUGAGAGAUUUGCAUCAUUACCUGAGAGAUCCUGAGUUGAGGGAGGAGAGGAGUGGUACAGCUGGUGUUGUUGAGUCCAUAAGAUGUGGCCUGGCAAUGCAAUUGAAGGAAAAUGUAACAGCACAGGCCAUUGUCACUAGACAAGAUAAAAUCUCCAGACAAGUAUUGGCGCACGUGCGAACGAUACCGGAAUUAAUUCUCCUCGGCAGCACAUCUAACAAUAUCAAACGAUUGCCAAUAUUUUCGUUUAUGGUCAGACAUCCGAGGGGCACCUUUCUUCAUCAUAAUUUUGUUUGCGCUAUUUUAAAUGAUGUUUUUGGAAUUCAAGCGAGAGGUGGAUGCGCAUGCGCCGGUCGAUAUGCACACGAUCUCAUGGGAAUUGACACUGACCUUGCACGAAAAUACGAAUCUGUACUCUCCUACAGUGAAUUACACUGCGGAAGGGAGGAUUGCAACGCCGAAGCCCUCCGGCCAGGUUUCGCCCGUCUUUCCCUCCCCUACUUCAUGUCCGAGGCCGAGUUAGCCUUCGUUCUAGAAGCCUUGAAGAUGGUAGCAACGGAGGGCUGGAAACUCCUCCCUCAGUACGUCCUGAAUCCAGACACCGGUGAAUGGCGUCACCACACAAAUUCGGUCUUCAAAGAGCGCAAGUGGUUGGGAUCAAUAAGAUACACAGACGGCAAAAUGGUAUCAUCAGAGCGUCGAGUAUCAGGUGGUGGUGGAGUUUUUCCCCAGAGUUACAGUGACUGCCUGCAGACAGCCCGAAACAUCUUCAACAGGGCCCGAAAAAUGGCGCACAGAUAUCCCCUCCAAAUUGACAGAAGCGUCACCUUCUCCGAGGAGCUGGAGUACCUUAGAUGGUUCAUCCUACCAGCCGAGGCCCAAGAUCUGCUCCUUGGAAACUCCCAUAACGUGAAGCAAGAUCUACCCUUCGAUCCUCAAUCCAGGAAGCACCAGUGGCGUGACAUAAAUAUUAACUCCGCGGUAUUGAUCAGAAGAUUAAACAGUGACAUCCCGAGAACAGGUAAUCAACCCCCACUUUCGGUGCUGUCCUCCCCUCGACAUCAUAGUCUUCCGGCCCUCUCGAUGACGAGACAAAACAGUCUUCAAGACCCCUCGGAGGAAACCCUAACAAUCGAAGGUGUUGACAAGCGUGACAGUUCAUCAAAACCCAAGAAACCCUUUGAACGAAGCCAAACAAGCGGACAAUUUUCCACCAAUUCAUCGCGAUCUGGCUCCCCCUCCCCAGCUGUACAAUUUGCUGUUGGCGAAGUGGUAUCACCUCCCAGAAUUCUUGGAACAACUCCAGCAGGUGCUAGGUUAUUAUCAGAUGAGCAUGCAGUGCCAACGGGAGGAAAUGUACCGAGAAUGGGACGUGCCAGAUGCAAUUCACUCGGUAGCUCUGCAAUAGGAAAGACUCUGCCAGUGCCAAUACCCCUGAGUCCUCAGACAUUAGCUAGUUUAGGACUCGCAAAUUCAUCUGGUGUCGGUAGAAAUCGACACUGCAGCUGCACAAGUCGAGUUGAAUUAUCCUGUUCGUUGGAAUUCGAUGGAACCACUGACAGUCCAAAUAGAUCUCCGUUGUCAUCAUCGACAUCUUCACCCACCUCAUCAUCCUCACCUUCACCGUAUCCCUGUGGUUAUUCAUCCCUGACCUCGCAUCAUCCAGCACAUCCUCAACAGCAUUGUCCGCAGCACAGUGAGGGACACAUCACCCAGAAGCUGGGGAGAUGCUCGCCGAUUUUAUCCAGUUUUAGUCACAGCUCUGAUGAUGAUCUUCACGCCUAUCUGAAGGGGCGAACCGAGGAUAUCGCUACGGAGAUCAAAUCGGAGAUCAGGGAAGUCAUUUCUCAAGUGGAUGAUGUAUUGUCUGAAAGCAAUUCCUCAGAUCUUGGAACACCACAGCAUUAUCCCCAUAGGACAACCUCCAAUGGCAGUGAUAAGGCACACAGGGAUGAUUCGUUCUCAGCCAGUGAGAUUGCCGAGUAUCUCAUGGAAUUCUCGAAGGAAAUGGCGAGUGAAGUCAAGUCCGAAAUCAGGUGUAUGGUGAAUGCGGUAGAUGGUCUAGGUAGAUACUCUCCAGACCUCCACUCAUCGACCCCAUCAACCAAUUCCCCGGGGUACAAAACCCCAGAGCGACGAUUGCCGGAUUCUCCUCUCGCUCGUCUCUCAAAAGGUGCUAAACUCAACGAACUUUUUCAAUCCCAAGAGAGCAAAAUGUCGAGUGAGUGUUCGUCCGACGAAACUGUGAUAUACGUCGUUGGUCCACGCGCAGCUGCCCAGACCAAUCACGAAAGAGCAAAAACAUCUGACGAAGAGGAGGAACACAGUGGCAAACAAUCAGCCAAAUCCGUUGUAGAGAUGUCAUCGAAGGGAGUAAAAACAUUGCCAGAGAUAUAUUCGGCUAUUAAUUCAGUCAGUUCCCAAGACAGUGGUAUCAAUUUAUCAUUUCACGAGAAUGACGUGAGGACAACUGAUCAUCUCGGUAGAAGUGGCUCGAGCAGCAGUGGAAGUAGCGCUGAAUCAUCUGGCACAAGUUUCAUUAAGAAGUGUAAAGGUCUCGCUGAGAGAAAACGAGACGAUAAAUUACCGAAUGAUGUGUCUGACGACGAAGACAUCAGGGAAGAAGACGUCUCAGUAUCUGAGGAUGAAGAUCUUCUACUGAAGAAAUUGGAGGAGAGUUGCGAGGGUAAUGGACCACAGUGGCACAGCCCCUCUAGGAGUAUUUGGAAGCCAACUGUUGAGGCCAUUCACGAGUAUGAUAUGAUAAGAGAUAAGGAUAGAGUCCUUGUUUGUCUUCCUGUGUCGACUGUUGGCAUCGGUGCGGCAGCAGGAAAGCACUCACUCGCUCUUUUGCAUACCUUACACCAGUAUCAGUUCUACGCAAAGUCCAAGAAUAUUGAUUUUGAUAUCGGAGCUGUGACAAUCAACAGUGGAAGCAGUUAUGAUCCUCUGGAGAGCAUGAGUUACUUGAAAAAUCUGCAGGUUACAUAUUUCUAUGAAGAGGCUGAGGAGCAGACUGAGCUCAUCAAUUCUACGAAAACAGGGGAUGGAUUUGUGGAAACCAGUGUUGAAGGAAAUUCCGAGAGUUGUGGUGUUUGUGGGCGAGUUGGUGAUGUCACUAGGCAGAGACUUUAUUCAGUGGCCAAGAGAUAUGGCUACAAUGUUUUGGCUCUUGGUCAGCAUCUCGAUGAUCUCGCUGAAGGAUUCUUGUCGUCAUUGUUCUGCACUGGAAAGCUCAAAGCCAUGAAGGCUCAUUAUUACGUCAAGGAGCAGGAGCUCAGGGUCAUCAGGCCCUUUGUAUACGUGAGGGAGCGGGCACUCAGGCAAUUUAAUGAUGAUAAAAAACUACCGAUGUUGAGGGUGACGUGUGGAACUUGCGAGGAGAGUGGAGCGAGUAAAUUGCAGAGGAAUAGGGAACUCUUGGCGGGACAGGAGAGGUCUUAUCCAAGAUUGUACUGGUCGUUGAGGACUGCACUGAGGCCUUUGAUACUUGCCAGGGGUCCCUCUCAAGGGUCCAGCCAACAGACGCAGAGGCACAGGCAUAAGGGCAGGAAAGGGGCACUUGCGUCUUUAACGGUUCUUGCGACAUCGCAGGAGUUGGCGGACAGUGAGAGUGAGGAUGAAGGACAGAUUAUGUGAGAGGGGUUGAUGACGAUGAAGCAUCGUCAAUCGAAAUUUUUGGCAAUUAGGGAUAAUCCUGUCAAGGGGGCGAAGGCUUACGAAAGGCUGGCUUGAAUAAGACUUUUUUUUUAUUUUGAGGACGAACAUGCGGCGGUUUGACGCGGAUAGGUAGGGACUCGAAUUUUGUAAGUGAUAAUGACUUUGAAUAAUUUUUAGUGGUAUUUUUGUGAGUGGAAAAUAUCUGAUUGGAUAAUGGAAGGGAAGGAUCGACUUGUAAAAACACACUGCAGUGAAUUCGAAAUUUUGAAGCUUUACUAUGUUUAGGGGAUUGAUUUUUUGAGAGUAUAUUCGAGGGUUUAGUAGUCUUUUAUACCUGGAGAUCGAUGACGGGGAUAAAUUUGCUGCAGGGGUUGUACUUAUCGAGAUGAUGAUUUGCGAUGAUGAUGUUUCGGCUUCAGCUUUUGUGGGAAUUAUUUUUUCGAUAAUGUGCAGUAGCUGUGAACUUUGUAUAUAUAUAUCAAGUGAACUUAGAUUAGGUUCACUCCAUGAUGAUGUACACUGUGUUAUUUACUGUGAAAUUGUAGAAUUUCAAAAUGAUUCGGGAGAUAUGACGAGUAUGUUUAAGGAGACAUGGACGGCGACUGUAUAGAACACAAAUAUUCCUUUUUCUCGAUACUAAACGAUCUGACAUGAUUACAAGAUCAUUGAGCGUCUGGUUUUAUAAAUUUGUAAAUAAUUAUGGGAUAUCGAAUGGUAAUUUGUACUUAGUGCCGUCGCCGUUCAUCUGUACUGGUAUGAUUCAAUGUAAAUUGUAGAAUUACAUCGUCAAAGAACAUUUUGAAAUUCAUUUUGUGAAUAACAACCCAAUUGGCAAUUUCCUCGAGGACAAUAAUAUCAUGAGACUGCCUCGAAGACUAAAAAAAUUUUUUAAAACUAUCUUUCGGUUAUUUCACACCGAAUAUUUGUAUUAAUGUCAUUACAUCGAAAUUGUGAAGGAAAAACGUACUGGCGAAAUAAUUUCAUCGCAAGAUGAUUGAACUUUUUUUUUGUAGAUUAAAGAAUAAAUGACAAACCCCAAAAAUUGUUACAAAUUUCAAAUGAACAUAAUCUUUGAAUUAAGAUGAAGAAAAAUAUUUUCGAUGUGGGGUAUUUGGUAAUCAAAGACGACGGGAUUAAUGAUCGUCGUUGCAUUUCGUAGGAUGUAAGAGUUUCUUUCUUAUGAAAAAACGCAUUGACUUGUCGUACUUAAUCGUGGUGACUUUUUUGGAAUAGCUACAAUUAGGUUUGAAAGACAAAACUAAUGUUGACGAAAUGUAUCAAAUUUAAGGUGGCGAUACCAAUUGAUUGAAGACGUUACAAGUAAUUAUGAAUAAAAAAAUUUAUAUGUACGGUGCGAGCACGUCCAAGGGCCCACAGCCUGCAGUGUAAUUGAAAUAUAGUAGAUAUUUAUGGUAUAUAUUUUCUGAGAGUUGAAAUGAAGAAUGCAUAUUGUUAAAUAUUGUAAAGAUGUGUAAUUUUAUUUAUGGCUAAUAAAUAAAAGAGUUUAAAAUAGCCUGUA